GUCGGUCGAUUAGUCUAGCGUUGGCAGCGGUGUACAAACGACUGAAUCAUCAAAGUACAACUAUGGCGUUGGCGAGCACCGCUGAACUGGGCAUUCACUCGUUAAAUUCUGCCAUUAACGACUUCUCAUCUUCGCUGUACACAGAAUUCCGUAAGAACGAUGGAAACAUUUUCUACUCGCCGUUAAGCAUACAACUGGUGUUGUUCCUAACCAGUAUAGGAGCUAAGGGAAAAACCUAUGAGGAGAUCACCAACACGAUACGCUUACCCCCGAGGAAGUCCGAAUUACUUCCCCUGUACAAAGAUCUAUUGUCAUUUUAUGAGGGAUCCGAAUCUUUCACGUUGGCGACUGGUAUGUUUGUAGAAAACGCAAUUAACUUGAACGCCAGUUAUGUGGAGACGGCCAAAAACUACCUCCAGUCGUCUGUGGAGAAGUUGAACUUUCAAACCGAUCCCAACGCGGGGAGAAGUCAUAUAAACGACUGGUUCCGUUCGCACACGAAUGGGAAAAUCGCCGAACUCUUCCCUGAAGGAAGCAUCAAUAUGGACACUCGGUUGGUGCUGGGCAAUGCGAUGUAUUUCCAUGGUACUUGGACUACUAAGUUUCCGGUAAAUUCAUCCGCAGAACUACCAUUUUAUCAGACUCUAACCGACAAGGUCAACGUGACGACGAUGCGCUUGGUGCACAAUUUAAGAUACUACAAAGACGCCGGUCUACAUUUCUCUGCGCUGGCGCUGCCUUACCAGGGAUAUAGUUUUCAAAUGAUAAUCUUGUUGCCCGAUGCCAAAGACGGUCUCGCCGAAUUAGAGUCUAAUUUAUCGAAAAUACAACUUCACGAUUUGGAAAAAAAUAUGACAUUUCACAAUGUCGAUGUUACUCUGCCAAAAUUCAAAAUCGAACAGACUUCUGAACUCAAAGCUACGUUGUCUAAAAUGGGUUGUCCAACUAUGUUCUCGGAAAAUGCUGAUUUAACCGAUAUAGGACCGUUCAAGGAAAGCCAAUUGUACGUCAGCAGUGUUGUACACAAAGCAAAUGUGGACGUUACCUUUGAAGGUACUGAAGCAGCUGCAGCUACGGGUCUCAUUGCCAACACGAGGUCCUUUCACAGGAAAUCUAUUGAAUUUCCUAAAGCCGUUUUCUUAGCAGACCACCCCUUCAUUUUUGUCAUCACCAGCGGUAAAACCAUUAUGUUUAUGGGACGACUUAAGAAAUUUUAAUAUUUCCGUUGUGCGUUUUAAGUAUUGAAAUAAUGUUUAACAUACAUAAUUGGCACGACGUUACUAUAAUACCGUCGAAUAUAACAAACCCACUUAGAUGUUAAUGGUAAAAUAUGUUUGCAUGUAUUACCCAUAUCAUAAUAAAUUAUUAUAAUACAUUGGUCUAACGUUAUUAUCUUUACAAAUAUUUUACUCAAGAUGAGUAAAAAAUAAAUAUUGUUUUGACUUGUGUUUGUAAAUUUA